AUGACUACCAACAAUGUCACCGAGUUCGGCGCUAUUAUAGCAGUCAUCACCCAGAAUUUUGAUGGAUAUAACGAGAGUCUUCAGAAUUGGAUUUGCCUCUUCAAGCAGAGUGCUCAGCCUCUGAGCGACUACACAAUCGAAGAGUUGUCCCCACUCGCCGCUCUAUUAAAGAGGGCAAAUAUACUCAACACCAUCGCGCUACUAGAUUGUGACGCACAAACAUUAUUGCCCGAGGGAUUUUUCCCCUGGACCGGUGAGAGAGAGUGUAAUAGAUUCAUUGGAAACGAAGAAAACCCAAUUCUGGAGAGGAACAGCCUGCAUAUUUAUAGAAGAUAUUAUGAAGCACGGGAGACCUUGCUGCCCCUCAGAACGGAGAUUAUGGAGCUCAUAGUCACCAAGUUUAACAUUAAGGAACCAGCAAUUGAAGAGAGGCUUCAUGAGAAUAGGAAGGCAAUACUGCUCAGCAAGGCAAUCCAUCAGCCUAUGAGUGAAGCAGACCAAAACGUGUUAUAUAACGAGUUUGUUGCAACACAAGUCCAAAAUUUUCAUGGUGCAGCCUCAGUUGAGUAUUCGCCGAGAACCGGAGUCAUCUUCAAACCCCGGGCGUAG